AUGUAUAUUAAUAAAAAAACUUGUAAAAUGAACGGCGAUAAAAAAUUAUCGAAUCUUCCGUAUGCAAAUGUACAACGGAUGUCAUCCUCAAGGACUGCGACAGCAACCACGAUCUCACCAACAAAAAGUUCCGAAACUACAUCCAAAGCAUCAACACUUCGAUAUAUUAAUCAAGAAGAACUUCGCAGUUUAUUCGAACAACAAAAGGGAUCUCAAUACUUCAUUCCUGAUGGAUAUGAACCAAUUUUAAUUCCACGCGAUUCGCAACUACAACCAGUGGCAACCCUUUUACAAAAUAAUUUACAAAAUAAUAAAGGCUUACAACAACGUUCUCUACAGAAACAACAAUUAAAAAUUCAACAAGCCAACCAGAAUUCGGCAGUGCCGGGAGUAGUUGUUGUUAAUAAAACCUUGACACAACUAGUUUCGCCCAUAAAUUGCAAUAUAAAUUCUACACCGCCCGAUGUUCGGUUUCCUCAUUUAGUGUUGGCUCGUGCAACAGCGCCGACUCCGCGGGGCGGAGCGAAUGAAAAUUUAAAUAUACCUAAUCAUUUAACAACAAAUGAAGAUUCAAAUAAUGAAUUAUUAUUUCAACAUCAAUUAAGUCAAACAAUCGAUCAAAAUAAAGAACCUAAUCAGAUCCAAUAUUCGGUAAAUUCAUGUUCACCAUCAUCACCGAACGAAUAUGUACGUAUAGAAUCCACGAAUUCUUUUAAUCUUAUGAUGGAUGGAGUUUCUCCAGAUUCAGAAUCGGAUGCAGCUUCGUUCGGAUUCUUUGAUUACGGAUAUCAAUCACAUCUUGGUGAAUCAUUUGAUUAUUUACAACCGUUUAACGUUAACCAGUUUGAUUUUGGCGCAAUGAUUCCAUCUACAUCAAACAUCGAUUCUUAA